AAAAAAUGCUCAGGGCCAGAUACACUCAGUGCAGAAUUCUAUCAGAUAUGUAAGGAACAUCUAAUACCAAUAAUCCUCAAUUAUUCCACAUAAUAGAAACAGAAGGAAUAUUGCCAAACUCUUAUUAUGAGACUGCAGUUACCCUGACACCAAAAAACACCCAAAGACACAGAUAAGAGAAUUACAGACUAAUUUCCUUCACAAACAUAGAUACAAAAAUAUUCAAUAAAAUACUGGCAAAUCGAAUCCAAGAACACAUCAGAAAAUUCAUCCAGCAUUGCCAAGUACGAUUCAUCCCAGAAAUGCAGGGAUGGGUCAACAUAUAACGAUCCCUCAAUGUAAUUCAUCAUAUAAACAAACUUAAAAAGAAAAGGUACAUCAUCAUCUCACUAGAUGCUGAAAAAGCCUUUUAAAGAAUUUAAUAUCCCUUUAUGAUAAAGGUUUGCAAUAGAUGAUAAUUAAUCCAGUGACACAGUUCGCCAAGAUUCAGAGAAUACUAUAUGAAGAAUAAUCGUCCCUAAAUGGAAGAUGUCAAUUCUACCUUUAAAGGCACAGGAAUGGUUGUGGAAGACUGGCUGAAAAGACUGUCAGAGGCGGGGUUGCUGGAUGGUGCCAGGGAAACAAUGUCUUCUGGACACAAUAGGGCAGUUCCACAUGUGAGCACACCAUGCUUGUGACAACAUCUAUAAGACCUGUCAAGCCCAAGCUCUAAUGAAAACCAGCAUAAACAGGAUGUUGAGAAUGACAAGAAUUAAAGAACAUGAAUUUGCAAUCACUAGAAAAUCAGGUUGUAGUCAUAGGGAAGUAAAAUGAGUUGUGUCUUGAAUGAGAAUAAAUUUGGCAUCUCCAAAGGACCGCAGACAAUGUGUUGUGUGAUCACUCAGGCAGCAUUUGUGAAGUCUGUUAUCAGAAAAAUUAUCAUUCAAGAAUUGGAUUCCUGCCUAUCUAGUAGAUACUCCUCUGUGUUCCCCCUCAGUUUCCAAACUCCACAUUCCACAUACAUCAUUAUUUUAGAACUGUUCAGCAUUCACUACCAAGAAAUAAAGAGGUACUAGAAUGAGAAAUAGCUGAUAGUUUCAUUUUCACUUUCUUCUUCUUGGAAAUGCAAGAAAUUCUCAGAAAACAACAAGAUCCGUGAAGUUUAGGGACUGGCCAACACAUACUUAGAAGGAAAGGGCAGACUUCAGAGAGUGCACAAAUUCUGCACAACUGCCUCCAUCCUGCUGCUUUUCCACGAAGAAGCAGGGGUGGGCUGCAAGUGAAGAGACUGAAGCACACAGGAGCGUGAUUCCUGCAGCUGAACCACAGUGAACCCAGACACCAGACCCAGGAUAAUCUGUGAUUUUUUUAAAAAUCCUAAUCCUGGGUCAGUGCUCUUAUGAUACAUCUAAGAAUGGAGGUCUUGAAGAUUUGAAGUCCUGCUUCACUGCCUAUUUAAAGAGGAUGGAUAGAGAAAAGGAAAUCAUUUCUAAGGAAAAUAUCAGUUUAAUAGAAUUUCAUCUGAAAAAAGGAAACAUCCAGGGGGCAAACUCUUUAAUUAGUAAGGCAUUAAAAAAUAUUGAUGAGGCCCCCAUAAGCAUUGCUGUGACAGGAGAGUCUGGGGCAGGGAAGUCCAGCUUCAUCAAUGCCCUGAGGGAGGUUGGACCUGAAGACAAAGGUGCAGCUGAAGUUGGAGUAGUGGAGACGACUAUGGAGAGAACUCCAUACAAACACCCCAAAAUUAAAACUUUGACUUUGUGGGACCUGCCUGGCAUUGGAACUAUGAAUUUUCCACCAAAAGAGUAUCUGGAGAAAGUGAAAUUCCAAGAGUAUGACUUCUUCAUUAUUGUUUCUGCCACACGUUUUACAAAACUUGAACUUGACCUUGCCAAAGCAAUAAGAUUCAUGAAAAAGAAUUACUAUUUGGUGAGAACCAAGAUAGACAUUGAUUUAGAAAAUGAAAAAAACUCGAAGCCACGUACAUUUGACAGAGAGAAGUUCCUGGAGAAGAUCCAAAACUCCUACAUUAAUACCUUGAAGGCAAAUGGCAUGGAUGCACCACAGAUUUUCUUCAUUUCUAGCAGAAAUUUAUCUGGCUACGAUUUUCCACGCCUGAUGAAGACCCUGGUAAAGGAUCUUCCUGCUCAGAAGCGCCACAAUUUUAUGAUUUCCUUGUCCAAAAUUACAGAGGCAGCCAUUGACAGAAAACGAAAGUCUAUGCAGCAGACUAUCUGGCUGGAAGCCUUCAAGGCUGGACUGCUGGCUACUGUUCCUGCCGUGGGAAUCCUCAGGGAUGAUGUGGAGAAGCUGAAGGUGAAGUUAGACCACUAUCGAGUCCUCUUCGGAGUGGAUGAUGAAUCCCUGGAAGUCAUGGCUAAGAAUUCCCAAGUGCCUAUUGAACAACUGAAAAAACUCAUUAAGUCUCCUUAUUUGUUGGAAACUAAGGAAACAGAAACAUUAGAGGGGAAUCUUUUGAAAUAUUUGGAGAAAUUUGCCUCAGUUAAUGGUGGGCUCCUUGCUACAGGACUUUACUUUAGGAAAACCUUUUACCUUCACCUUCUUUUCCUUGACACAGUGACUGAAGAUGCCAAAGUUCUCCUCAGAGAGAUGUAUUCAAAAGCUUGUUCAAACUUAAGUCACACACAGCUAAGGACCAUGGAUAAGUGCUACUCUUUCCUCAUGUCCAUGACAGGAUUUGUUGUCAUUUGUUUUGUUUUGUUUUAUCUUGGGCUUUGGGAAUGGAAUAAGGUGUAAUCUUCAAAUAGGGUUUAAAUUCAGAUUUUUUAAUUUUACUAUAAAACACAUAAUUAUUGACAAAUAGUUAGUUCUACAAUAGCCUGUUUAUAAAAUUAUUUGUGAGACUAGGCCUCCAAUACAGGCUUUAUACAUGAUAGACAAGCAUUUUAUCACUAAACUACAUACCUCACAUUGUACUAGCUUUUAGAUUUAAAUAAGCAAAUAAACCAAUAAUUUAACUAUUAAGGAAUUCUCAUAUAAUUUAAUUUAAUUGCCAUAUCUGUCCUUCCAAUAAAGAAAUUAUGAAAAGUA